AUGGGCUUCUGGUCUAUGGACGAGUCCAACUCGGUUCCGGAUAUGACGCAACCACCAGAAAUGGUCGUGGCUGAGCAAUGUCGUCCACAGCCAUCGCUUCUGGGCAAGAGCCACCUUCGAAGAAGCAGGCGACAGAACCAACCUCGAAUUUUCCCAGUUAGAGAUGACUUAGUAUUGGAAUGCAUAGCUCGGGUCUCGAGAUUGCACUACCCAAUUCUAUCACUCGUCUCCAAGACCUUUCGAUCUCUCACUUCUUCACCGGAGCUUUACCAGACCCGAUAUCUCUUGAACCGCACCGAGAAGUGUCUCUAUGUGUGCUUACAGCUCCUUACUGAACCUAAUCUUCGUUGGUUCACUCUCUGUCGUAAACCAGACAAAACCCUAAACAGUCACAUCUGUAAGAAGUAUGAGACGUCAAGUGGUAAUAUCUUGGUUCCCGUUCAGAUUCUCAACUCUUUUCCUGUAGAAUGGUCAGAUACCGUAGCUGUUGGUCAUAAGCUCCACGCUAUCAACAAAGAUGACGAUGUCCCCUCAUCUUCUAACGACUGUCAAACGCACACGUGGGGAGAAACUCCUAGCUUGCGGCUUGCUCACACCAAGCGAAAGUUUGAUGGAAUCAUGGAUUUAGCAGGAAUCUACGAGAAUCCAGAUUCUUUGAAACUCGGAACACAAAGUGUUCAACACACAGAACGAAACUUGGAAGGCCGUGCCUGA